CGCUACCACUACCAUUAUUAACACCAAUAUCAACAGCCAGCCACUCAGCCAGUCAUAUUACAAAUUUCACAAGAAACAACAACAAAAACCCCCCGAAGAAGCCCCGAUGCCUAUUUGAUGCAGCUCGACCAAUCAGCGUCGCUUAGUUUUGUUAGUGGCUUUCCAUAUAAAGCAGCGAGUUGAAGACACGGCCAAAUGGAAGAAAGGUGAAUCGAUUUUAUUCAGGUUACCGACCCAGCCUGUUAUCACUCCGUUGUGUAUACACCUCUUCUUUAUUUUUUUCUUCUCUGACGCUGUAAUAUGUAAAACAUACAAACACACGUACACGAAAAAGAAAAACUCACUCUCGGACAGAUUGGCACACACACACACACACACGUUUGCUAAAAGGAAAAAUGUAUGUCAAAAGAAAACUUCAUCUUAGAGGAAACUUCCUACAAAAAUAGCAGUCAAAGUACAAAAAUAUUGAGCAAUAAUAUGCAAACUGAAUAACAUUUACACACACACACAUACACACACACACACACACACAAUACAUACACACAUAUAAACACAUACAUACAUACAUACUGGCAAAAAGACAGACAUGACAACUGAGUUGAUAUCGUCCAAAUUUCAAUGAAAGAACCCAUGUUUAUGGGUUCCAAGACCGCGUCUUCCUAUUAAUGGUUAAAUAUUUAUAAGAUAUGAGAAACCGACAGACAUUUCCAUAGAAAACAAAAAGGAGAAAAGAAGAAAAUAAAAAGACAACGAUGAUUUGCUACCACCCAAAUAUUAUUCCUGCUACCUAUAUACUUUUGCCAUUGCAAGGCCAAUAUUUACCGGAUUCCGGAACUGAAGAACAUAGCAACACUUAAUCUUUAACGGUACUGAAAAUUCUUACACACGAUAAGUCGGUCCAGUAAGUGAAAAAGAAUUCUCUUAUUUGUUGCGUGCUCUAACACGUAUAUAUAUAUAUAUAUAUAUAUAUAUAUAUAUAUAUAUAUAUAUGAAACCAACGCGUCUCAUUUCAAAAAAUAUAUUGAAAGGGACCAGCAUUUUUAUCUCUACCUCGAAGAAGGGAUUUAUCCGAAACGUCGGAAACUUAUCCUCACAACGGCAUAAUAAUUUGAAUAUCUUUACUCUUAUACGUAUAUGUAUAUUUUAUAUACAUAUACACAAAUAUUCUCCGUUCUGCUUCGUCGUUUUCUUUAUUUCAAUGUAUGACCGACAACAAACCUACACCGAUUACAAUAACUACAAUGGCAGCAAAAGCAACAAGUAAGAAAAUAAACUAUUGCAAAGAAUUAUAAUAAUUACAAGAAGAAAAAAAAUAAAACAAAAAUGAGCAACUACCACAACUUUUAAUCUAUCUGCCAUAACGACAACGAUAACAACGAUAACAACAUCAAACGAUACCUUCAAGGCUCACAAAACAGCAACAGCAACAGCAACAACACUGACGCAAGUCAUUCAAUCAUCCGAUCAACAACGACAUCUACAAGAGCCAAGAGACAACCCCUAAACAUGUUCAACAACGUGUUGGCUCCUUCGCCCAUUUACCACCAGAGUGUGUUCCGCGUCUCCCCGAUGGCGCUGGCCACGCCGCCGCCUCCGCCGCCACCGCCGCCGCCCCCUCCUCCGCCGCCGCCGCCCACGGUCACCACGGCUUCGACGUCGUUCCUGGUGGAGAACCUGCUCCGAGAUCGAACCCCGCCCCUCAUUUCCCGUUGUGCCGCCGCAAUGACAACAAACUCGAACUCUCUCUCCUCCUCCUCCUCCUCCCCCUGUUCUCCCUCCGCCGCAGCAGCGGCAGCAGCAGCGGCAGCCGCAGCAGCAGCAGCGGCCACCGCCAACACCACCUGCACCACCACCACCACGACUAACAACAACAACAACAACAACCACAACAACUUCAGCAACAACAUCAACACCAGUAACACGUCAUUGACUUUAGUGAACACACCCCCUUCGCUACACCACCCCUCCCAUACGUCAUCACACUUAUCGUCCUCGUCGCCAUCAUCAUCACUAUCAUCAUCGCUGUCUCUAACAUCGCCGUCGUCAUCAUCCUUAUCAUCGUCAUCAUCAUCAUUAUCAUCGUCAUCACCGUCAUCGUCGUCAUUAUUGUCCUCAGUCAAUCCGUCUUCGAACUGUUCCUCGCUGUCCACUUUGUCUCUACACAUUCCGGGUAACAACAACAACAACAACAACAACAACAACAACGGUGGCUGCAACAGUAGCAAUAGUAAUAGUAGUAGUAGCAGCAGUAACAGUAGUAGCAGCAGUAGUAGUAGUAGUAGUAGUAGUAGUAAUAGUAGCAACUGUAAUAAUAACAAUAGUAGUAAUAAUAAUAAUAAUAGUAGUAGUAAUGGCAGUAGUGGUGGUGUUAGUAAUGGUAAUAUUAAUGGUAUGGGUGUGAUGGGGAUAGUAGGAGUUUGCGGCGGCGGCGGCGGCGGUGGUGGUGGUGGUGGUAGUGAUAGCGUUGGGAGCAGUGGCGACGGGAGUGGUAGUGAGGGGGUCGGGAGUAUGGGUUGUAACAGCAGCAACGGCGCAGGUAGUUUCGACUGUGAAGGCAAUGUGGGCGGAGGUAAUCAUCACCACAGCCACAACCAUCACAGCAACAACAAUCUCAACAACAACAACAACAACCACAAUAAUCCCCAUAACAACAGCAACAACAACAACAACACGACGUCGCUGGCGGGUGCAGUGAGUGCGGCGGCGGCGGCGCGAUCAGCCGUGGCCGCUGCUGCAGCGGCGGCCGCUUGUGCGGCUGCGCACGCUGCCGCUGCCGCCGCUGCAGAGCCGGUGACAGGCAGGACAACACCCUCGUGCCCGACCGGUUCAGUUGGAAGCAUGGCUGCAGGAGGUGGUGUCACAACACCUUUCCUUAAAUUUGGAAUGAACGCAAUACUGGCGCCGGACACAACACCGAAACAAGGUAAGUUCUCUUUAUAG